AGGAGCCGGCUGGGAGCUGUGGCUCUGGGGAGGGAGAUGAGGCCUUUCCCCGCUUGUUGCACCUCACAGUGCUCUCCAAUCUCGUGCGCCCCACAAUCCAUAGCGGAGGAGGGAUGAAGUCUUCGGGCCUGCGGAGGAGUCGUCGUCAUGGAAUCCGCUAAAAGAAAGCGCCGGAGAAGCCCUGGAGUGCGGCCCCUGAGAGAACGGCUGCCCGCCCCCCUCCUCAACGUGCAGCCAGUAAACGGCACACUCAAGCCCGAGGCCUCAGUGGAGGAGGUGGUGGUGAGCAGCAGGCCCCGGCGGCCUCGGUACAGCUUACUGUCCGAGAUAGGCCGCGGUAGUUACGGAGUGGUGUACGAGGCCGUGGCCCGGAAGAGUGGGGCCCGGGUGGCCGUCAAGAAGAUCCGCUGUGACGCCCCGGAGAACGUCGAGCUGGCCCUGUCCGAGUUCUGGGCCCUGACCAGCCUGCGCCGCCGGCACCCGAACGUCGUGCGCUUCGAGGAGUGCGUCCUGCAGAGGAACGGCCUGGCCCAGAAGAUGAGCCACGGCAACAAGAGCAGCCAGCUGUACCUGCGCCUGGUGGAGACCUCCCUCAAAGGGGAGCGUAUUUUGGGCUACACAGAAGAAGCUUGUUACUUGUGGUUUGUCAUGGAGUUCUGCGAAGGUGGAGACCUCAACCAGUAUGUCCUGUCCAGGCGUCCAGACCCAGCCAUCAACAAAAGCUUCAUGCUGCAACUGACAAGUGCCAUUGCUUUCCUGCACAAAAACCAGAUAGUUCACCGGGACCUGAAACCAGACAAUAUUCUGAUCACAGAGCGAUCCGGGACCCCGGUGCUCAAAGUGGCUGAUUUUGGCCUCAGCAAAGUGUGCGCUGGACUUGCCGCCCGCGGGAAGGAGAGCAGUGAGGGAGGCUGCAACGAAAACAAGACGGUCAACGUCAACAAGUACUGGCUGUCGUCGGCCUGCGGCUCAGACUUUUACAUGGCUCCGGAGGUGUGGGAAGGACACUACACGGCUAAAGCUGACAUAUUUGCCCUGGGCAUCAUCAUCUGGGCCAUGAUUGAGCGGAUCACCUUUGUGGAUGCAGAGACCAAGAGGGAGCUGUUGGGAACCUACAUUAGGCAGGGCAGUGAGAUUGUCCCGGUAGGGGAAGCGCUGCUAGAGAACCCAAAGAUGGAACUUCACAUCCCACAGAAACGCAGGACUUCCAUGUCUGAGGGCAUUCGACAACUGCUUAAAGACAUGCUGGCUGCUAAUCCACAAGACCGGCCAGAUGCAUUUGAGCUGGAGACUCGGAUGGACCAAGUCACGUGUGCUGCUUGAAGCACCCUUCUGGUUUAAAGUGGGAUCAAAGCUUUUGUUCUGCUUCCCCAUGACCCAGAGAUGCUGAUGUCCUCGCCUCCCCCUCAUCUGCUUGCUUGCACCUGGAUUUUUCCCGAGGCUGGACCACCUGUAAUGUUCUAGAAUAAAACCAUGGCUCCUCAGUGAUCACUGGUGCUGGUUAACAAUGUGUUACCGACCACAGGACAGCUUCUACGUUAUACACCUUCCCCUUCUCCAUCGUCAUCCCUUCCAGGUGGCUCCAUUGAAACAAAUGAUGAACGCUUUGCUGGGAGAACGCACCAGUGGGGAAUGUGGAGUCUUUGUUAGCUGUAGGGUAACCGUUUAUGCAAUGAAUAGCGGCCUUCUUCAUUUGCUGGUGGUUGUGGGUAAGAACAGCCUUCACAUGUGACCUAUAGCUGCAUGAUUUUGCAGCUAUAACAGGUCUUUCCUUUAGAAUCAUGUGACUAAUUGCCGCUUGUGGGUGGGGUAUCAGCCAUGUGUGCCAUCCGUACAGCCGGUUCUUACCCUUGGGUGUUGUAGUAAGCUGUAAUUGACCACCUAAAAGGGCAACACCUCAUCUGCCCCCUCUUCCCUUAUAUGGGGUGAGCUCUUCUGUGACUGUUCAUACACACCUUAUUUAAGAUGCUUGCUGUCUUCCAAGUCCCAAUUUGUGGAUCUUGAGACAGCGGUGGUCUUAAAUGGUGUUAGCGGGGCCCAUCAGUGUCUUUAUUCCCAAGAUUUUCCCACCUCACCUCCCUUUCUUUCCCUUGAAACAUAUCACCUGUGGGUGGAUGAUAGAAAGGGGCCACCAUCUCUUAUGCCCAGCACUGUUCUCAAUCCUGCACUUACCGUCUCAGGGAAUCUGACUAGUGGGUAGACCAAGCCCCAUUUUCCCUGUGCCUCCUCCCCCCUCACAUCCUGCACCUUCCUGACUUCCGCAUGCAGAUGUGGGUAGGCUUUUUUGUUUUUUUCCUUCUGAAGUGCCUAUUACUAGACGGAGACCUGAUCUGUAGUCUUGAGGGGUAUCGGGAGGGGCUUGCACUUUUUGCCAUCACUUGUGUUUGGAACGCUGUGCCUUAUUUAAUUCUUUUGCUUCUGGCACCUAACUGCCUGCUAGCACCAAGCUCCUCACACCUCCCCUACUCCUUCCCUAGUUUUUUUUUUCUUCUCCACACUGGAUGGGCUGUACUGCAGACUGCUCACCUUUUUCAAAAAAAAUGAUAUGGGGAAUUAAGGGGGUUAAACCAUCUGGAGCUCAUGAAUCUAUGCACUGGUUACUAUAUGGGUUAAUUAAGGGUCUCGUGGGAUCUUUAAACAAGGUUGAGCUUCUAUCACUACAGUAAGGGGAGGCAGAAGUUUUCUGAAGCAUCUGGGACCUUGCCUACCUAGCUUUACUUACCCUGCACAAAGCUUUCCCUUUACUGCUUGAUGCAAGAGGCUUCUCUGCUGACCUGCCCCAUUCUUGGCACUUCCUGUUAAAGGGGCAUUGUCUGUCCCAGGUCUGCAUUUUGUGCCAUACAUUUUUACUAGAAAACAGAUUCCCCCCCCAUAUUUCACUGCUCAGGUAAAUUGCAGGGGGUGUUAAAAAAUCUUCCCCAGUAUAUUUGCUGUUCAGCUAUUUUUGGAACACCCCCUAGUGAUGAAUGGAGAGCACUCUAAGCAUGCGCGUUGUGCUCGCCUUCACUUCGGGUCCUUGUUCUGGAGAUAGAUGAGACCCGCACCUGCCAUUGAUGGCAUAUCCUAGUUGUAUGCCAUCAAUGUCCUAAAUAGUUCAGCCCUUUUUAAAGGGUUUUCUGAGAUUUUAUAUACUGAUGACUUCUUCUCAAGAGAGGUCAUCAGUAUCUGAUCGGUGGGUGUCAAACACCCGGGGGCCCCCCUGAUCAGCUGUUUGAGAAGACACCAAUGCUCUAGCUCGCUAAGCACAGCUGUGCUUGGUAUUCACUUGAAUGGGGCUGAGCUACUCCGUCACUCGGCCUAGGAAAAGCGGAGAGAAUGCCUCAACGCUCACUGGAGUGCCUGUGCCUUUUCAAACAGCUGAUUGGUAGGGGUACCAAGUGUCAGACCCCCACCGAUCAGAUACUUAUGGACCUGCCCAGAGGAUAGGUCAUCUGUAUAAAAAAAAAUCUCAGAAAAACCCUUUAAGUAUCAGGCUUUCCAGCUGGUGUGUGUACAUUGGAGGGUUUUUGCACUUUACAAUGCUGUGAUUUAACACAGAAUCUACUCCUGAAUGACCUGAUCAGAGGGUUAAUGUAACUUGACAUCUCUGAUUCCAUAAAGAAAUACUUGGUAAAGUCUCCUUUUAAAGAGGACUUUUUUUUUUUUUGUUUAAGUACCUUUACUUGUGGGAUGCUGCCAUCCUUCACUUUUUUUUUUCCCUCCAAAUACCGCUUGCGUGCCCCCUGCAGUUUUCAUGCCCAGUAUGUUUAAUACUGAACAUCGUUAUACAGGGGGAGGACACUGCCGUGUUUUUGUCAGGGUUGUCUCCUUCUCCCUGACUGAGCUGUCUAAUCAGUGGACGAUGUCACAGCCAUUAAGUGGGGGGGGGGGGGGGGGAGAUGCCUACUGUGAAACAUGGCAGUCUCCUCCUCCCUGUACUGAUGGUAUGGAUUAACAUACUGAGUGUGAAAACUGCAGGGGGGCACAGUAGGGCAUUCAAAGGGUAUGGGGGGGGGGGGGAUGGAGUCAUCAUGGUGGUGUCCUACAAAAAGAACAUCUAGGGGAAAUCUAUCAAAACUGUGGCGAAAGAAAACUGGCUUAGUUGUUAGGGGCAUCUAAGCCAGUUUUUCUUUGCAUCAAUCUUGAUAAGUCUCCUGCAUGUUUUACGAGGAGUGUUUCUUUAACUUCUUGGUCAGCUCAUAAGUCCGCUUGGUGGACAGCGCCAAGUUGUGAGUAAAUUCUUUGUAUCAUGGGAUAAUUGGUGCCCAGUUCACACCAGUUUAUUUGGUGGGAGACUGGUUUCAAAACUGGACACUAAUAAGACAUGUCCAAGUGUAAAAUUGCCAAAAUAGUUCACUUUGGACCCUAGGGUUAGACUUAAUAGCCCCCACUCUUAUUCUACGGCAUGAGCUGCAUGGAAGGAUCUGCUACUUGAGCAACUAUAUCGGAAAUGCUUUGCGGCAGACCAAUUGGUCACAACUUUUGGUAAAGUGCCAUGAUGGCCCUCUCACUAUGACUGUCUGAGACAUCUGCUUAGUAUCCCCAGCUGAACUGCUGGCAGUCCAGCAGGGGGGGCAAUCCUGAUCUAUGUUUAGUGCGCACUAAUAACCCAAUUAUUAGGCACUUGCACAGUAUUCCUGCAUUAUUGACCCCACAACUUUGUAGACUGUUCACUUCAGAUCUCUCCAGGACAUCAAAAUGCAUUGGCUUCUGAUUCCUCCCCCAAUGCAAAGCAAACUUGGGUGGGGUAUAAAUCUUACUGGCCCAUGGGCCUCCUGGGAUGGAUGUGGUUGUUCCUUGCUGCUGUCUUGUGCUGUAAUACAAAGCAAUCGCCCCCUCUUCUCCUCUUCUCCCACCAGUGCACCCCUGCUCUGCGGACCUUUUGUCCUCUCCCUUGUUUUGCACAUAUGCUGGUGACAGGACCUUUUUAUUCUGUUAUUUUUAAGUUGGUUGUGAGUUUACAAUGUUGUAUUUAUGUUCCUUUUACACUGUAACUCUCCCUGAUGUGUGAAUGGCAGUUGUGAUGAUGUAAGAGGAGUGUGUGUGUGUGUAUAUAUUUUUUUAUUUUAUUUUUUCCUUUUGUGAACAUUAAUAAAGGGAGUACAAA